UGUCGAGUGACGAGUGAUGAGCACACAUGUAUAAAAUAUUUAGUUUUGUCCCAAUUCUAGUGACCACUGCUCAUCUGUAAAAGGUGCCAAACUCAUUCUUCAAUGACAUGCAUUUUAACAAUCAAUUAAUACAGUUACACAUGUUUCACAGUGCUGUAAUCAUCAGUGUCCAAAAUAUAAAAUCUGUUCUAGAGCAUUCGAACAGCAUAGAGAGAAUGAAUUCUAGGUUUGAAUUGCAGUGUCUCGGAAAUUUGGAAGGAUCUAUGUAGGUAAUGAAUUUUUGUAGAAAUUUUACAAAAUUUCAAGAGGUUCAUAAUUUAUUUUCGUGUUGGAUUCCAAAGAUUCAUGCACUGGAAAUAAUGAACCAGAUCCGUUGUAUCAAACCACAACCCCUUCAACGGUCGUUUCUUCAUGCUUCCCUGCAUUCGACCCAUCUUUUUUUGCACCUGCUUCGAAUCUUAGUUGAAAGGUCAGGAGUUUCUUCAACCCAUCCAAUUCUACGAAGGCCGCUGGUAGAAAAACGUCAAUCGGAUCUGGAUACAAGCUCGCGCGCCCAUCAGAGAAGAUCAGAUUGACCAAAAGGUAGACCACUGCAGUUCCAGGUGGGGAAUGCCUAGACGUGUACCCAAGAAAUGGUGUCAAGAAACGGACAACUCUUAAUACCAAGUGAAAGAAAACAUUCGCGCGCCCGCGACUGUACCAUUCAAUACUGACUAUAGGUAGAUAUCCAGUGACAAUGUGCUAAGUGCUUUAAUUUGUUAACAAUGUGAAGAUAUCGUCGUUUUCAUCAAGCGAAAAAGAUGUCAUCAUUAAGUUCGAUAAGCAGCGACAGCACCAGGAACUUCAAGAGGGCCCAUAGACGGUCGAUGCUAUCCUCAACAGGAUCAGACAUACAGUUCACCAGAAAAAAGCUCACCCAUCAGUACAAAUUAGGAUGUAUCAUCAUAGCCAUUUUUCUCGUUUUGCUACUUUUCGCAGCAGGUGCAGUUUACGUCGGUUUCAGCUACUAUGCAGAACAAUUUCCUGGACCACUGAUAUACCGGGGAACUUUCAAAAUAACCGAUGGGGACGUUUAUACGAAUGAAUUAGCAGAUACUAGCAGUAGAAAGUUCAAAGUGAGAUCGAGGGAUUACAGAGAAAGAUUGAACCUUUUGUACAGGAGGAGUCCGAUCAAACAUGGCUUUGGAGGGACUGAAAUAUUGGCCCUAGAUGGUGUAGAAAACCAAGAUUUAGUGAUCCACUUCACGAUAAACGUGGACCCGAUGUACAUCAAAGCUGUGGACGAAGAACUUCUGGAAAAUAUCAUCCUCGACGACAUCAGACACGGCGAAAGUAUCAUCUUCAAAGACCUAAAGAUCGAGGAGAACAGCGUCAACAUAAUGCCGAACAACGACAUAUCCCAGCCAUCGUCCCCAUCUACGGUCAUGUUGGUAGAAACCACCACCCAGAUGCCAAGAUUGCCGAAAGAAUGCGUGCCAAUAGACUUGCCAUAUUGCUCGAAGAUGAGCUACAAGACCACGUCCUAUCCUAACAUUUUCGACCACGAAAACCUGAAAGACGUGGAGGAGAAUUUGAUACCGUUCAGGGAGCUGAUAGACGCUGAGUGUUACAACCACACCUAUCAGUUUGUCUGUAACGUUUUACAGCCCUACUGCUUGAAGGCUGAUGUCAACGUGCUCCCUUGCAGGAGUUUCUGCAGAUAUUUCAUGGCGGGAUGUGGUGAUAGGCUUCCCGAAAAAUUGAGGCAGAAACUGGAUUGCAACAAUUUCUUGGAGUACGAAGGAGAAAACUGUCUGAUUGAGCCAGACUGUGGUGUUCAGAAGCUCCGAAGCACCCAAAUCUUCACCAAAACGGCCAACAUAGGGGACUGGCCGUGGCACGUAGCCCUCCUGAAGAACAACGUGCACAUUUGCGAUGGCACCCUUAUAUCCCCAAGUUGGAUAGCAACCACUUCCUCCUGUUUUCAAGGUCAACCGAAGGCGGAAUGGAUGGCCAAACUGGGAUCUGUCCGUCUGUCCUUAACGCAUCCCUCUGAAGUCGAAAGAAGGGUGAUAGGAAUGGUGAAAUCCCCAGUAGAGGGUAGCACCAUCGCCCUAGUGAAGCUGGAUCAGCCUAUCAUGAUCACCGAGAAUAUAAGGCCCAUCUGCCUUCCUCAAAGAGAGGUGGACAUGUCCGAGACAUGCGAAUGCAAUACUGUAGGGUGGUCCAGGGAUACUGAACAGUUGAAGAGGAUUCAAGUUAGGGUCACUUCGAUGAAGAAAUGUGAAAAUAUCAGCAUAGCUAAUCUGAACAGUAUUUGCGCAGAGGUUGCUUAUGGCCAAGAGAAUUGUCAUGAGGAAGAAUUCGCAGGCAGCCCAGUGAUGUGCAUAAACCCCUCCACGUCGACUUGGAGCAUAGUUGGCGUAACGAAUUGGAGGAUAGCGUGCUCAAGGAACGGAAUGGUUCGACCCAGAAUGUAUGACAAGAUUUCGUCGAAUAUUAACUGGAUCCACGAAACCCUUAAUUCGGACGAAUACAGAAAUGAGGAUGUAUGAAUGGAUAGGAAGUUGUGAAAAAUUUCACUUGUGUGAACAUAAUGACUGUUUUUUAUUUUUGUACAUAAAUUAUUUUACAUAAAGUUUUAUUUUAUUAUUGUUAUAAGAUCGUACGAACAGUUAAUCACUGGUUACCAAAAUAUAUUGAGAUUAAUUC